AAAGGAACGUCUAACGUCAUGUUUUCAUUUGUUGACGGAAAAAUAAGGUCCACCGCCACCGCUUCAUCAAUCCCGACCAUCACCUUUCCUUAUCGACUGUUCACUUUUCCCUUUCUACACUUUCGUCUCCCGAAUCGACUUCGUUGGAGUUGUUUACCGUGCACCCCUCGCAGGUUUCUGAAGCAAACUCGUAUCUUACUAGUACGUUAUUUUUCUAGGAACAAUUCGAUGGAUCCAUCUCCUUCAAGCCAACCAGAGUUUGAUUACUUGUUCAAGCUCCUCAUGAUUGGGGAUUCUGGAGUAGGGAAGAGCAGCCUCCUAUUGAGAUUCACAUCAGACUCCUUUGAAGAUCUAUCCCCUACCAUUGGUGUUGAUUUCAAGGUAAAGAUGGUUACAAUAGGGGGAAAAAAGUUGAAAUUAGCUAUCUGGGACACAGCUGGGCAGGAGAGAUUCAGAACGUUGACAAGCUCUUAUUACAGAGGAGCUCAAGGGAUUAUAAUGGUUUAUGAUGUUACACGAAGGGACACAUUCACUAAUCUCUCAGAUGUGUGGGCGAAGGAAAUUGACCUCUAUUCAACUAAUCAAGAUUGCAUCAAGAUGCUUGUUGGGAACAAAGUUGAUAAGGAAAUUGAGAGAACUGUCUCAAAGAAAGAGGGCAUCGACUUUGCUAGAGAAUAUGGAUGCCUUUUCUUGGAAUGCAGUGCAAAAACUCGCGUUAAUGUAGAGCAGUGUUUUGAGGAACUUGUUCUGAAGAUUUUGGAGACUCCAAGCCUUUUGGCUGAGAGUUCAGCGGGCUUGAAAAAGAACAUAUUUAAGCAAAAGGCACCUCCAGCUGAUGCUUCUACCAGCAGCUGCUGCUGAAUUGAAGCAUUGGGUAUGGUAAAUCAGGUUCAAGGCUACUUGUGCUCAUCUGAAUUUAAAUCCUGUGCGGAUGCUUGUAAUGGUGACAUUAAUGGUAUAUUUCUUUACUUUAUUUUGGCUUUUCGAAUGCUAGUUCAAUAUAUUUGAAGGUUUGCCUUCCAACUGAUAUUGUGCACUCGCAUUUUGGAAUAGUUCCAAUAACAGUUAUAAAUAUUAAAAUGAAUUGAUAAGAUCAUAAA